AGCGAUGUGCUGGACCGUAAUGAGGAAGUUGCGGAAAACAACUGAUCAUGUGUGAUGCUCAGAAUUAUCCUGAUGUGAAUUUGCAUCAGGUCAGCAUAUUUACCAGUGUCAGUCUUUUCGGUCACCGUGUAAUUUUUUUUCCUCUAAACAGUUGUUAAGACAAUAGUAAAUUAAAUCAGUUUUGCUAAAGAGUUUGCAUCCAUACUGGGAUCUCGGACAAGUUGGCCAGGAAAACGAAACUCAAGGGAAUUAGCAGACAGAAAAAAAAAUGGAGAGCAAGAAAGAGGUAGAAGUGGAGUUGGAGGAAAUUGCAACGGUUGAGGAGGAUAAGGAGAAAGAAGAUAAGAAAGAGGAGACAAAAGACUUUGCAGCAGAGAAUGUAGAAGAAGGGAACAUUUACUCCCCUCUCUCCAGUCCAUCUGAACAUGAAUAUGGUGUGCCCUCUUCAACUCGCUCUUAUACACUCUAUAAAGAUCCAUCGGAAGAUAUUUGCCGGAAGCUCCGUGUUUACCGCAUCAUUUCGCUGGUCCUUUUUGUCACCUGCGUCCUGCUGCUGAUCAUGGUCCUUGUGCUCUUUAUGAAGAUGACUGGGACGCAGCCAUGUCAGGAGGUAGAGCAGACUACCAGGUCUCUAUCAGAACAGAAAUGCAGCUUUGAGAGAUGCCAAGAGCUUUACCAACCGCCUCAACAUCUGUGCAGGGAUUGUGGCAAAGGCUGGCUGAGGUUCGAGAAUACUUGUUACUUCCUGUCUCAAAACCGCCUCCCCUGGCAACAGAGCAGGAAGGAGUGCCAAAGGAAGGGAGGAGAUCUUGCUGUCAUUACUAAUGAACGCGUUCAGAUGUAUCUGAGUAUGAAGGGGAGUUUAAACUACUGGAUUGGGCUAAAUCAUCUGGGGACAAAUGAAUGGACAUGGAUUAACAACACUGUAUUGACAGUGAGAUAUUGGGGAGAUGUUUCCUUCCCUGGACAGUGUGCCAUCCUGGCUGGAAAUGAACCACCUGAACGGAGCUGGCGCCCAUCUUCCUGCAGUUUAUACUUACAAUACAUCUGUCAAAAGAUGUAGAUGUCCUACACCCACUGAAAUCACCUACAGUAUACAUCUGGACAUCAUACCUCUCAGAACAAAUCCUCAAGAUAAUCACCUUUUCUCUUAAGAUUGCAGUUAGAAAAUUAUAGACAUUUGGUCUCAUUUGGACAUUUGGUCCAUCAACAUUAUUUUUUUUAUUACAAUUGCACCUGUUUCUAACUUUACUGAUCAUGUUUACAAAGCUUGAUUAUUUGCACUAAAUAUGUCUAACGGUCACACAAUAAUGUUUUAAAUUGCUCAUACUUUCUCUGAAAUGUCUUUCUGUAUUUUGAUUAAUUAAACUUCCACCUUUAUAUUUAACAAUAUAUAGAUGGUGCACAGUUCAAUUUUGUCUACCCAAUACAACACCUAUAUAUUUCCAUAUUAUAAAACACUAAACAAUUUAACAGGAACAAUUUAAAUAUUAGGAAUGUCAUAUCACCCAAACAUUCCUAACAUUUUUAGAAAUACUUGACAUCUGGGGAAUCCACACUUUCUUCCUUUUCAUAGUUUAAACUCUUCCGAAUUAGCAGCCAGUUUUUCAUCUGUCUACCUAGGGGUUUAGGCUUGUUUUGCACUGUUAAAUCUGUUUGCAGUAGAUCAUUUCUAGGCUCACUAUUGCCUGUAUCCUCCUCCUCCUUAGCUGGUUCUUCAUCCUUGGAGAACACAUUAAUGAAGCGUUUCAUCUUUCGCAUCGUUGAUCCGUUGCGAUCCUCCACUCUGGAAUCAUGAGAUAUUGUUAAUAAAUAAAACUAAUCAAACUGA